AUGCCAUCGAUCACUUCCUCGACCAACAACGCCUCUGCCCAGCCACCACUGCAAGCCAGACUUCAGUCGGAUAUUGACCAGCUUCAAGCGUUAUUAUCUAACGGCGAACUUGACGGAGAUGGUGUAGAGAAUCUCGCUGAGCUGUUGUCGCGGCUGGAGGAUGCGAACGGAGUAGCCGAAGGCGUUGAGAGUCGCCUCGACGAUGUUAUCGGGACACUGGAUACCCUUCUUGCUUCCCUGGAACAGCAAGAGCAGGAAGGAUCACAGAAGGAGUCGACUACAAGUGACUCUACACCGCAGGAGAGCCAGUAGAACCCUGACAGCGAGAAGAAUUAGCAAGAUACCUAAGAUGGUGCUCGUACACUGGUCUCAUCGUCUUGUAUUUAGACGCUGAUCUGAAUCCAGCACUCAU